AUGAGGACUCUUAGGCUUCAGCUCGACUGCGUUCUGACGAGGAACAUUCCUCAGUCAGAUAUCCGAAAAUCUAGAGCUGCUUGGGACGUCGCGUUCGACUCUGACCACCGUCCAGUUCUUCUCAGCUUCAAGAUACGGUUCCACAUGAGAAACCGAGGAGUUCCUCUUCAACCAAAAAUCGACAUGGCAGGUCUGAAAGACGAUGAAUGCAGAAGAAAAUUCCGCCGUGUGUCUAUUCAUAUUGGAGUACGGACGAGGAAGAAGCUUAGCGAUGCGGAUUCCUUCACAAAGUGCAUCCAAGACGCUGCAAGGGAAACGCUCCCGGUUCUAUUGUCGCGGAAGAAGUUUGCCUUCGCAUCUGCAGAAACAAAAUCCACAUACAAUUCUUUAUGUGUCGCGCGCAGCGCUGGUGAUUUCAACCAGGAAAAGCGUCUUAGAAGGAAGCUGCUUCGUCAACUGCAACAAGACCGCGAUAACGAGUGGACGUCAAGAGCGAUGGACGGCAAAAUGAAAAGAUGUCCCUCUGUCCUGAACACUGCCAAUGGGGUAGCUGUCGGUGAAGCAACCCUUCCAAUUUGGAAGGAACACUUCAAGACCUUGCCUAACCGGCUAGCACCGUCAGCCCCUGAACUCGGACACGUUCAUAGACCGACAUACGCGGUUAACGAGGAGCCACCGACCGUGUCGGAGGUCCUGGUCUGUAUUCAAAAAAUGAAGAAUGGAAAAUCUGGCGGAGACAACAGGAUUAGCGCAGAAAUGCUAAAAUAUCUUCCGCCGUCUGGGAUUCGUGAGAUGACAAAGAUCAUUCGUUCAAUAUGGAUAGACGAAAGGAUACCUGAUUCGUGGAGACACGCUAUUAUAAUUCCCCUCCACAAGAAGUUAUCCGUCACGGACCCCAGGAAUUAUCGAGGAAUCUCUUUGCUGCGUGUUAUGUACAAGGUAUUGGAGCGCAUUAUUCUGGACCGACUCAUUAAACAUCGCGAAGAAACAACGCGCGACGAGCAAUCUGGCUUUCGUCCUGGCCGAUCUACGAUUGACCAGGUGUUCAUCGCCGUGAUCGAAAUCUGGCAGUGGUAUUCGAAGCCAAUGCAACUAGCGUUUCUGGACUUUGAAGCCGCGUUCGACUCUCCUCACCUAGGCCAUCUUCUCAACGCGCUGAGCGCCGAUGGAGUACCAGGAAAGUUUGUUCGCUUGUUUGAUGACAUGAAUCAACGAACAACUGCUGCAGUUCGAACAUCAGCCGGAUGUACAACACCGUUUGAAGUGGUAACUGGAGUAAGACAAGGGGCAGUGGCAGGACCUUUCCUGUUCAAUUUCGCAAUCGACGACAUUAUGCGAAGAACAGUCGACCAGUGUCCUGCCGACAUUGUCUUAGCACCAUCUGGGUGCCCCUUGACUGACCUCGAGUACGCCGACGAUGUUGUUAUAUUCGCGGAAAGCAGCUGUACGCUGAAGAACAAUGGCAGCUACGAGAGAGAUGUUCAGCAAAGAUGCGCUAAGGCCACUUCUGCAUUUAACUCCUCAACGAAAUGCCUGUGGUCGACCCCCACCACCAACGAAGUCAAGCUGCGAGUCUACCUAUCCGCAAUUCGCCCCAUCAUGAUGUACGGAUCGGAGACUUGGGCAGCACCAUCAACGGUUAUGGAGAGGCUUGACUGCACGGAACGAAAGCUGCUUAGAUGGCUACUUGGCUACUUUUGGCCUAGGGUAUGUCACAAUGAAGAUCUUUACGCAGAAAUUGAUAUGGUAUACCGGCGGAUGACACGUGGAAAACAUCAACAUCGAAAGAGACCGGCAGAUCGCCUUGUUCAACGAGUUCUGAGGAGUUCGUCGGGUUCGAGCUGGAAGAAGCCACCUGGCCGAAAACGGAAGUUCUGGACUGAGGCGGUGAAAGAGGACCUGAGGACACUCGGCGUGGAUAGGCAGUUCAGGCGAGACGUAAGGUUUCGCAGAAUAUGGAAUAGCAACGAAUGGAUUGGUUCUGUGCAAGCUCUCGCAGAAGAUCGAGAAGGUUGGGCAGAGCUGGUUCAAGGACGGCACACCUCGGCGAAGAUGCGGGUAAUCGCGUCAGGCGAUGACAUCAGCUCGCCGACUAAGUCAAGUAAGUCAUACGUCACAGAAUUAUACUUGCUCUCCCUAGGCAUUUAG